AUGUCACGUGAAGUCCCGGAAUCCGCAUGGGCGGUCAUGUAUCCCGAGAACGAAGCCGAUGACAACUUUGGUCUCAACAGUGUUCCAGAAGAUAUCCAACACCUGAUUCUAUCGGAGCUCAUGGAGGCAUCACCAGCCACACUCCCAAGCGUCUCACAGUCUUCGAAAACACUGCAUGAUGCUGCGUUACCAUUCAUGUAUCGACACUUGCAGUUACUGAAGGCACCAAAUGGAAACAAGGAAUUGUUGGUAUAUAAAGUCCUCCUCAACAAGUUUCGCGGUACUGCGGCCAGUGAGAUCGCAAGACACGUGCGCAGUAUCACUGUCCAAAACGAAAUACCUUCGGAGGACUUGAUGUUGAUCCUUGACAAGAUUUCAGAAUUUGGGAAGCUUCGCGAGUUUAACUGGAAUACGUCGGCGCACAUUCCUAAAGCGGUCUUGCAGAAGCUGCAUUCUACCUGGUCUGACCUAGAGAUAUCGGCUACUGUGGUUGACCGUGAAGAUGCUGUAAAUGCGGCGUAUCGUAAAAUGGAUUUGAGGCUUCUUUCAUCUCCCCUUCUGGCUCGGCUGACCUAUGUCGUGUACGAGCGAGGCUAUCGGUCGGAUCAGCCGUGUCGUUCGGACUGGCCAAAACUGUCACAAGCUUUGUCGUCUGGAGGUAACGUCCGAUCUAUAUCGAUUCAGAGCCAGCAAGAUAGCUCGAGUGCUUAUCGCCACAUGCUUGUAGAGGAUACUGAGCCAGAGAAACUGCCACGCUUAGACCUAUCACUUGGAGCGUGUUUCUCUAAGCUCGAACAACUCAGAAUCCGGAAUCAGAGUUACUAUACCUACUUGUGGGACGAGGAGCAUUGCCGAGCCCUUCGUAACUUCAUCGAUCCUUCUCGGCUACGAGCGCUCGACUUUGGUAACGAUAAUCCGGAAGUUUUCUUCACCACCUUCGCAGGUAUUCUUCCAGACCUGAAAGUUUUGCAGUUUGGAGCGAAGAGGAAUACCUCCUUGCAGCCUGCUAAGGACUUCAUCGAUUCCCUUUCUGGUUUAGAAACUCUCGAGAUUGGAGAAGCACAGAGGGGAUUCGAUGAGCUUUGGCCCGUCAUCGAGAAGCACAAGGAUACUCUGAAAACACUGAUACUUGGACCGACUUGGGGGCAAUAUUGUUCCCCAGAGUACAUUGACCUUAGCGUACUGGAAACUAUUUCUCAGACAUUCCCGAAGCUUGAGCGCCUUGGUUGGCAUGUGCCCAUCGGACAAGCCGUAAGUGCACAUACGUUCAAUACUUGGACACUUCUGUGA